UUCUUCCCAAUUGAUGGUAUCAAAGUGCUUAUAGAGAAGUCUCUCAUAACCAUUAAUAUGGGCAAAACUUUGGCAAUGCAUGACUUAUUGCAGGACAUGGGUAGAGAAAUUGUUAGACAAGAAUCACCUGAAGACCCUAGCAAACGCAGUAGAUUAUGGUUUCAUAAAGACGUUCGUUAUGUCCUUGAAGAAAAUGCGGGAACAAACAAAAUUCAAGGCAUAUUGAUAGAUUUGCCUGAAAGAAACAAAAUGCGCUUGAGUUUCAAGGCCUUCAAGAAGAUGAAAAGGCUUAGGCUGCUUAUGGUUAACCCUAAUGCGCGCUUUUCAGGAAGACUUGAUUUUCUCCCUAAUGAAUUAAGAUUGCUUGAUUGGCAUGAAUGUCCUUUAGAAUCUUUGUCAUCAAUUUUUCAUGUAGAGAACCUUGCUGCUUUAAGAAUGCCUCGGAGUCACCUCAAGGGAUUGGAGGGAAUUGAGAAUUUUCAAAGCAUGACAAUUAUGGAUUUCUCUUAUUGUGAAUUCCUAAAAAUAUUUCCGGAUGUUUCAAGGAUUCAAAAUUUAGUGGAUUUGAGGCUUCAUGGUUGUACAAAUUUAGUUGAAAUUCAUCAUUCUGUUGGAUUUCUUGAUAAGCUAGUUUCUUUGAGUCUUGGUGAAUGCUAUAACCUUAGCAGUUUUCCGAGAAGCCUCAAGUUAAGAUCUUUAAAAUAUCUUUUCGUUGAAGGUUGCUCAAGGCUUAACUACUUUCCUGAAAUUGAGUGUCAGAUGGAGUGUUUAGAACACGUCUCCUUUAUAAACACUGGUAUAAAAGAAUUGCCUUUAUCUAUUGCGUACCUGAUUGGGCUUACAUAUUUACAACUACAAGGUAACAAAAACCUGAUGCGUCUUCCAAGUAGCAUUUAUCAGUUGCAACGAAUAGAGUAUAUUUUUCUUGGUGGUUGUUCAAAACUUGUUAAGUUUCCAAAGAAGAUGGUGGAUAUCAGACAAUCCAUGCCCUCUAAUGUAUCUAUGAAGGAAUCAGAAAUUGCAUUAGGUCCAGACUUACUCCCAUUGCCACCUCCUACAAAUUCAAGUGUUUCUAAUGAUGAUUUUUCCUCGAUAGUAUUUCCGUCUCUAAAAGAGUUGUCUCUACCCAAUUGUGUCCUAUUAGAAUCAAAUUUAUUUAGGGUAUUUAAUUGCUCCUCCACAUUGAGAUACUUAAAUCUAUCAGGGAAUGCUAUUGUUACCAUCCCAGCAUGCAUCGAAAGAUUUGUUUGCUUGUGGAGACUUAACGUGGAUCAUUGCAAGCAACUUCGAAAAAUUCUAAGACUUCCACCAAAUAUAAAAUACUUGUGUGCAGAGGGGUGCAUGUCGUUGGAAACAUUUUUCGGAGAAGCACAAACAUCUGAAUUAUUUAAUACAUGGUGGUUACCAGAGUUUGUAUGGUAUGAAACAACUUGUUCGGCACGAGGCCCAGUGGGCAGUGGUGCUUCUUCUGCAACCUAUCAAAAUGUGCAAACUGUGGCAAUAGCUCAGCCAUUGAGGGGACCUCUUCGGCAUCGUUACUUUAACAGUUUAGCUUCAGGAAAUAAGAUUCCAGAUUGGUUCAACUAUUAUAAAAAGGCUUCAAAUAGUAAUUCAUGUGAAAUAGAUAUUGAUGAGGCUGCAGAUAUGUUUGGGGAGUUCACAAUAAUUGCUUACUCUGCUGUUGUUGGAGUAGAGGAUGUAGAAGAAGAUGAUGAUUCACACGAAAUUAGUGUUUACAUCAUCACUCGUGGUGUAGAAAUCUAUCGUCAUUCUGCACCGAUGUUUAGAUCGGCUGUAUGGCUGCAUUUCCGUGUUCCAAAAUAUUCUUUUAAGCUUGGAAGUGUUGAUCAUGUGCGAGUUAAAUUUGAAGUUACAGAGCGAGUGCGCUUGAAAAGUUGCGGAUUCCAUCUGGUACGUAUGUGUAGCGAGAAUGCGAUUGAUUUAAUAGAUGGAAUUCAACGGAAAAGGAGACCCCGUGAUGAUGGUGAUGGAAACUUGGAAUGAAAGAGGCAUUCUUCCACCUUGGGCAUUAGAUUUUCAAAUGCAGAGGAUAAGCCACCUGGUGAUCAAUCGUAAGUACAUCAAAAGACCCCUUCGUUUUCUCCAUCGCUGUUUUCUCUGUUUUCCUCAGCUUCGCUUUCUCCAAUUGUGCACAAAUUUGAUGGUUCUUUUUACAUGAUUUUGAAUUUAUUAGAGAUGAGUGGAUAUUUCUCCAACCCCUAAUUUUAUUUUCAUAGUGUUCAGCAGUAUAUGAAGAACAUACAUAUUUGAA